GGCCGUUCAGCGGAUUGCACUCGAUGCACUUUCUCGCAUGUGCGCAGAGUUGGGCAGUAUGGCUAGCGCUGCUUAGCGCCGGCGCUCUGGCAGUGGGGUCUCACGACCAACGGCCAUUCGUCUCCAACAGAGGGAGCGGAGGAGGAGCACACAAAGCUCGGGUGGGUGUAGGAUAUGUCGGUGGGCUCAACCCUCUGUCACACCAGGACUACGCCCCUUUCACGCUCGCUCCAUUCGACGCCGAGUCAUUCAAGCCUUACGGUCAUCUGCCGUCUUUGACUAACGACUUCACGAUUCUGCAACAUCCCGCGUUCCCCAAGUACAGCGUCAGGAUCAAGAAGAGCGACUUUUGCGACGGAACUGUGGCGGCGUACACCGGAUACAUUGAUAUCGAAGCUCGGCAUUUAUUCUUCUAUUUCUUCGAGAGCAGAAGCGACCCGGCCAAGGACGACGUCAUCUUCUGGACAAAUGGCGGUCCCGGAGGCUCGUCAACAAUCGGCCUCUUUAUGGAACUAGGCCCAUGCAGGGUCGUCAACGCCACAGCGACCGAGUUCUCCGAAGAGUCGUGGAACUCGAACGCUAACAUAUUCUUCAUCGACCAACCCGUCGGUGUUGGUUUCUCCUAUGCCGAGUAUGGCGAGUACGUCAGCACAACCGAAGAAGCGGCGAAGGACAUCGCCGCCUUUGUCGCCAUCUUCUUCGAGAACUUCAUCUCUCUCAGAGGCCGGGCCUUCCACAUGGCGGGCGAGUCCUACGGCGGACGCUACGUGCCACUCUUCGCGUCAGCGGUGUACGACCAAAACGCCAAACUCGUCGAAGCCGGGCUGACACCCAUCAACCUCUCCUCCAUCAUGAUAGGUAAUGGCUGGACGGACCAAUAUGUCCAGUCUUUGGCGUACUAUGACAUGCAAUGCGGCGGAGCUUCCUUUCCUCCCGUCUUCGACAUCAGUACAUGCGUGCGGAUGAAGCAAGCCGUCCCGCGAUGUGCGAAGCUGCUGCACGCGUCGUGCAUGGACGUCUUCGAUGGCGUCGGGUGCUACGAGGCAACGGCGAUAUGCGAGCUGGAGCUCCAAACGCCGUAUAUGGCCAGCGAUAGGAACCCGUACGACAUGUCCAAGAAGUGCGAGGGCGGAACAAUCCUAGAGGGUAGCCUCUGCUACUCUGUCAUCGACUCCAUCGAAGAAUACCUCGCGCAGCCCUCCCUGCGCGCGCAGCUCGGCGUCGACCCGGCAAUAACCACCAACCACACAACGCGCUCUGAGGCGGUCGGGGCACGCUUUGCCGCGUCGCUCGACGUCCUCCGCACAUCGCACGACUACGUCGCCGCGCUCCUCGAGCGGCGCGUGCGCGUCCUGAUCUACGCCGGCGCGUACGACUGGAUAUGUAACUGGGUCGGCAACGAGCGGUGGACGCGCGCGCUGGCGUGGAGCGGGCAGGCGGAGUUCGCGGGGCAGCAACUGAGGGACUGGGAGGUGGGCGGCGCGGUGGCGGGGAAGACGAGGAGCGCGCAGGGGUUCACGUUCGCUACCAUUGAGGGAGCGGGGCAUAUGGCUCCGUACGAUAAGCCGAAGGAAUCUCUGGAGCUUGUGAACAGGUGGCUGGCCGGCGAGGAGCUGUAACUAAUAACCAUUCAUUGAACCUGCCUGCGUGACACAUAAGAGUCCCUGUUAGCCGUCAACAGCGACUGCAGGCGAAGGGCUUCUGCAAAUCCCACCACUUUCCGACGAGGUAAGAGUCUGAGCCUGGUGUAGUGCCAAACAUUCCUACCAAACGGUUGUGAUAGUAAGUGCCUCCUCGCUUGAUACGAAUACACUGGUAAUCUUGCAACAAA